CAACGCUCCCGACUAGAAGCCAACAGCAAUAGUUGAUGCGCAGAAGCAUCCCACGCCAACCAUACACUCUUCGCCGACGAACCAAUCCACUCCCGAUUCUCUUGAGCCGCGCUUCGAUUGACCGCUCAAACGUUGCCUGGGUGGGGUCCGAGAGGCCACCACAAUGACUUCUUUGAAGCAAUUCAUUCGAAAUGUGCGAGCCGCAAAAACGAUAGCAGACGAGCGGGCCGUCGUCCACAAGGAGAGUGCAGCGAUUCGCUCAAGCUUCAGGGAGGAAAGCCACGAUUCGAAUGUGAGGAGAAACAAUGUCGCCAAGCUACUGUACCUCUUCACCCUGGGUGAGAGGACCCAUUUUGGACAGAUCGAAUGCCUGAAACUGCUGGCCUCUCCGCGCUUUGCGGACAAGCGACUGGGUUACCUGGGGACAAUGUUGCUGCUGGACGAGAACCAAGAGGUUUUAACACUGGUCACCAACUCGCUCAAGAAUGAUCUGAACCACUCGAACCAAUACAUCGUCGGUCUGGCGCUCUGCACCCUCGGUAACAUUGCCUCCGUCGAAAUGGCUCGAGAUCUGUUCCCCGAAGUGGAAACCAUUAUAUCGGCCUCAAACCCGUACAUACGUCGGAAAGCCGCACUCUGCGCCAUGAGGAUAUGUCGCAAGGUGCCAGACUUGCAGGAGCACUUCCUGGAUAAAGCAAAGUUGUUGUUGCAAGACCGAAACCAUGGCGUUCUACUAUGUGGCAUCACAUUGGUAGAAAGCCUGUGUGUGGCAGACGAGGUAGAGGACGACGAGCAAGGCAUCAAGGAUAUCUUUAAGCCUAUAGUCCCGGGCUUGGUCAAGAUGCUGAAGGGACUAUCGUCUUCUGGCUAUGCUCCUGAGCAUGACGUAACAGGCAUCACCGAUCCAUUCUUGCAGUGCAAGAUUCUGCAACUACUCCGAGUUUUAGCUCGUGGCGACGUUCAAGUGAGCGAGCAGAUCAACGACAUCCUUGCGCAGGUUGCUACGAACACCGACUCGUCCAAAAAUGUUGGCAACUCUAUCUUGUAUGAGGCAGUGCUUACAAUUCUCGAUAUUGAGGCCGAUUCCGGUCUUCGCGUACUCGGUGUGAACAUUCUUGGAAAGUUCUUGUCGAACAGGGACAACAACAUCAGAUACGUCGCCCUCAACACAUUGAUCAAGGUGGUAGCAGUUGAGCCGAACGCCGUUCAGCGACACCGAAACACCAUAUUGGACUGCCUGCGAGACCCCGACAUUAGUAUUCGAAGAAGAGCCCUUGAUCUCAGUUUCACUUUGAUCAAUGAAAGCAAUGUGCGGGUAUUAAUUCGGGAGUUGCUUGCUUUCUUGGAGGUUGCCGACAACGAGUUCAAGCCGGUAAUGACUUCUCAAAUUGGUGUUGCAGCAGACCGGUUUGCACCAAAUAAGAGAUGGCACGUCGACACCAUGUUGCGGGUUCUGAAGCUUGCUGGUAACUAUGUCAAGGAGCAGAUAUUAUCAUCAUUCGUCCGACUGAUCGCGACUACACCUGACCUUCAGACUUACUCUGUACAAAAGCUCUACACCGCUUUGAAAGAAGACAUCACUCAAGAAGGCCUCACUCUUGCUGGCUCUUGGGUAAUCGGGGAGUACGGUGAUGCGUUGCUGAGAGGCGGCCAGUAUGAAGAGGAGGAGCUUGUCAAGGAGAUCAAGGAAAGCGACAUCGUCGAUCUCUUCGAGACGAUCCUCGGCAGUAGUUACGCGGGUCUCAUUGUUCAGCAAUACAUUAUCACAGCGUCGAUAAAACUGACAACACGGUUAAGCGACCCCGCGCAAAUCGAGCGUCUACGACGAUUACUGCUAAGAUACGGAGCAAAUCUCGACGUGGAGACCCAACAGCGUGCGGCCGAGUAUGUCAAUCUGUUUGGGCACGAUCAAAUCAGAAGGGGUGUUUUGGAGAAGAUGCCACCGCCUGAGAUUCGCGAAGAGUCACGGGUACUUGGAGAAGCGACCAAGAAGCGACAGUCGAAAGUCCUCAAGAAGAAACCUGCGCAAGCGGCGACGGAAGACCUACUACUCGACCUAAUGGGCGACUCUGGGCCUUCCGUGGAGAGCAACGGCGCCAAUGGUACUCAGCACAGCCAAGAUCUACUCGCAGAUAUUCUUGGUGGAGGAGGCCCAUCCUCCUCAUCGCCACCUCCUCAGACGUCUGCCACGCCUCAGUCAAAUGUUGCGAAUAUCAUGGACCUCUUCAAUUCCGGGCCUAGCACCUCUCCCGCCCCUGUACAGUCACGGCCUCCUCCACAAGCAGCAUCCAUGGACCUCCUUGGCGGUCUCGGCGGCACGUCGUCACCGCCAGCUCAGAGUUCAGCUCCCCCGGUCGCGUCUGGACCCCCUGUUCUCCCCGCAUACAACAAGAACGACCUCCAGAUUACCUUCCAACUUAAGCGCGAUGCGAACGCCGUGCAACUCCUUGCGCGCUUCCGAAAUACCGGUAGCUUUGGUCAGCUUUCAGCGGUCAACUUGCAAGCUGCUGUACCGAAAAGCCAAAAACUACAGUUGCAGCCAAUAAGUACAAGUGAGCUGGAGGGAGGCCAGGAAGCAACACAGCAAAUGAGAGUUACAUCUGUCAACGGCACACCACCAGCGAGGUUGAGGCUAAGGUUAAAGGUCAGUUACUCCGCAGGUGGAGGCCCAGUAACGGAACAGGUCGAUUGGUCUGAGCCGACCUAACGUACAUACUGGGCUAGAAACAGUGUGGUUGUCGCGAUUGAAUAGAGAAAUGGAAGCCUCAUGCGCGACUCUUGCUUGUCUGUGCCUUAUAUUUGAUGAACCAUCGCCACCAACGAGGAAUAGCAUGGAAAAAUCAUGUUAGAGUAUGUAUGCGCAGAUAUCGAACACGGGGAUAAGAAGCGGGAGGGGCGCCGUAGAACCUUGAAUGAAUGCACGCCUCGCUCCCCGGUAGAUCACCCC